UGCAGCCAGUCCUUAGUAACGACUUUACAUGCUGCGAUUACACUUCAGCGCCCCUCACACUGCGAGUUAAAUAACCACUUUAGAAUUGCUGCGUUUAACUCUACAUGCCGCCCUUAUAGCGUUGUCGUGGAAACGACCGUGCGUCGGCACGCUGCCGGUGUCGUCACACGUCCGGCGCCGCUUGCGAGGCUGCGUGUCGCUCGGUGGGCCGCGAGGAUGGCGAAACGCUGCUGCUGGGGGAAGUGCGGCGCGGACUCGCGCUUCCCGGAGCGCGCCCGCGGGCUCCGCUUCGUGCCCUUGCCCGAGGCGCGCGAGGAGCGGCUCCUGUGGAUGCGCCUGUGUGGGUGGCCGCACGACCAGUACGCCUCGGAGGGCCCGGCGGAGGGGGAGCGGCGGCUCUUCGUCUGCUCGAGGCAUUUUGUGGAUGGAGCCCCCACCCUAGCGAACCCAAUCCCAGUGGCUGCGGGGGCCAAGGGUGACAGCGCCCUGCACCUGCCGGCAACCGCGCCUUCAGAUGGAGCAGGCUCUCACAGUGUGGCCGUGGUCACCAUCAAGGAGGAGCCACAGGAAUAUGAUGUCCAUCCAAGGAUGACCUUCCAGGUGGACGGAGAGACUCAGACAUCUCGCAGGAUCAAGCAGGAAGUCACCGACAUCGGCUUCGCGGGGGACCUUUACCAUGAGGAGUCGUCACCGAGCGCAGCAGCCGAGACUCCUGCCAGCACAAGCUCAUCUGAGAGCGAAGACGAGGCGAGCGAUCCUGGAGAAAUGGCUGUGGUCACCGUCAAGGAGGAGAUGGACUACGACUCGGAUGAGCGGGAGGGCGGCUUGAGGGGAACCGCAAACAGCCAGGCGGAGAGGAGCGACGCCGCCAGACGGGCGGCGGCGCUGUGGCCUGUGGAUGGGGGGCAGACGGGCUGCGGGCGGCAGCACCCGGCAGAGACACGGCACGGCGAGCCCGCCGAGGGACUCUACAUUUGCUCGGACUGCGGCAAAGACUUCUUUGGGGAGGCGGAGCUCGAGGCUCACCAGAGGGUCCACAGGGUGGAUGGGGGGAAGAGCGACGGCGGCAGCAGCGGUGGCGAGCAGUUGGCCCCACAGCCCCAAACGGUCAGCGACGAGGCAAAGAUGCCCUUCAGGUGCACCCACUGCGACAAGAGCUUCGCCAGGAAGGGUCAGCUGAACCGACACGAGUUCAUCCACUCGGGCCUGAAGCCCUUCAGCUGCUCCGACUGCGGCAAGUGCUUUGGCAACAAGUGGCAGCUGUCGGCCCACCAGAAGAUCCACAGCGGGGAGAAACCGUUCAGCUGCACCUUCUGCGACAAGUGCUUCAUCCGCAAGGGUGAGCUCACGGUGCACCUGAAGCGCCACACGGGCGACAAGCCCUUCAACUGCUCCUUCUGCGGCAAGUGCUUCACGACCAAGGGCGAGGUGAACAUCCACCAGCGGCGCCACGUCGGGGACAAGACUCUGGGCCUUUCCCCCUCGUGAACGCCUGCAACCGCCCGUGGGCGAGCCGAGUCGCUGGACACUAACCGCUCGCGCUCUUGAGGCUGGAGAGGAGCACGAGACGCUCUGCCGGGGCAGCCUUUCGGAAAAGUUCAAAUACACGGUUGCUUAUUCUCGUUUAGGGAGGUCUUUUUUUUUUUUUUUUUUUGUUAAACUUCUGCUGAAGGUGUUAUCACCUUGUUUGCAGGGUCACUGUCGAUGUCGAGAGGAGAUUCUCUUUAGUUCCGUUAGAUGUGGAGUUCAGGGCCGCUGCUCUCAGUAAUGUUUGAUGGAUCGAUGACCGCCUGACCCCGGGAUGGGACGUUUGGAUGACGUUACUGUCAUUGCGACCUCAUCCGCCCGUCCUUUAGUCCACGUUGCCUCUGCUCCUGUAGUGCAUGUCCUGUACUCAUAGAACAUUUUCCAAAGAUAGCGACAUGUUAUUUAAGCAUAAGCGAAUAAAGCCUUUCGGUGAG